AUAGCCCCUUAAAAAAAUUACUCCCAUUUUAAAUCAUCCUGUAUAGUAAAGAUAAAAACGGUCAAACGGAGUUUUUCAAGUGGAAUCGAAUAGUAGAGUUAGUUUUUUUGCUAUAAGUUAUGAUUUUUAGAUACAAGCCAAAUUUAGAUUUUUUUAUAAGGCACACCAUAGAUUUUUACAUAUUUUAAUUGGCAUUUAAAUGUCCCGCCCAACAAUACACAGGGUAAUUUUUUUAUCUUUAAAACCACUCUGUAUGACACACAAGAGUUUGUUCAAAAUUGAACACAAAAAUGAACUUAAUAUAAAUCCUAUGUCUUGUUUUUUUAGUAGGCCAUGGCACUGAAGCAUAGUUAGCGAUACCUUUUUGUCUAGUUACUGUCAACAUUUCAUUCUAACGCAGUUCCAUUGAUUUUUUAAGUUUCUUGAAAGAACAAUUUGAUACCCGUGAAUUUUAUGACUUAUUUUCGUGUUUGGUUCAGAGUGAGGAAAGCGUUAAUGCGGCCUCUAAGCUCUAUUGAAACCGGUAGGUAUGACAGUGUUAAUGUUAUGCUUAUUACACGUGAAAACCUUGUUUUAUAUCUUCGUAGCUUGAUAUUUCUAUUUCCAGAUAUUCGAACUUAGAAACUUGUUCCACUAUUUCUUCGCUAAUUGCGAUUUUGCAUCGUAAGGGUGCCCUUCCUACUACGACCGAUUUGGUCUUAGAUGUUGAUAUCUACAUAUUGUAGGUUGCUUUAGGGGUAUGCACCAAGCGUGGUAGGCUAUCUCUAUUAUCCGAGAUCAGAAUUGCGUCGUCCGCAUAACAAAGAAUUGUUCCUUCUAUCUUCUAUGACCAAGAAAUUCCUUGUAUGGAGACCAACCAUCAACAAUAUAGACUGGAGUCGCACAGACUAUUGAUGAUAAUUGUUUUCCAUCUGGGAAAAUCAGUUCUGAAGAAUUGCUUUUUGCAGAUGUUUUAUCUUUGUAUCUAGAUGUUGGGGUCCGCAGCUUUUAUUGCUGUGUUUGUGAGUGUUUGAACGAUUUCUUUCAUUUUAUUUGAGUUGUUGUUGGACAGCUUGUAUAGAGAUCUAAUGCCAGUAUGGGUGUCCUUAUGCUUAUAAAAAACGUCAACUCUUCCAAAUUCAACCCAGAACAUGCUUGGUUGGAAAAACAUUUUAUAGAACGAUCAACUGGAGUCAGUAAACCCAGGUAUAAAAUUAACCCCAAGAUGGAACACUACUUGCACGAUCUCAAUGAGCUGCUUGGCAAAACUGACCUAAAUAUUGUUGUAAACUACUUCAAGAUCAUGGUAAUCAUUCACGAUUGCAUUUACCUCCCAGGUCGAGAAGUCAAUGGAUGUGCGGACUUCCAUGGAAUGAAACCGUUCAACGAAACCUGUUAUUCCAUUGCUAGAAACAGGUAA